GCGUAGGAGGAACAGAAGCCGCUGAGCUGCUGCUUCUCCUUCCCCGAGGGAUGCUGAGAGCAGCCGGUCGAGAGCCGCUGAACGGGGAAGCAGCAAGCAUGAACUCAGAUUCUAAAGAGCAAGAUUUGAUACGUGAAGAGUUCACUUACAUUUCUGGAGCUUUGACACAGAUUCUCAAGUGUGGCCCUUGGGAAGAUCUCUGGAAUGAUAAAAGUGCACCCAGACUUCUAUUUCUAGUUAUCCCUGGUAAUCCAGGAUUGCCUGACUUUUACCGGACAUUCAUUGAGACUUUAUAUUAUAGCCUGAAUCAGCAGUAUCCUGUGUGGGUCGUUAGCCAUGGUGGACAUUGUAAAAUCCCUCAUGAAAUCAAAAGAAAGGAAGAGAUGCUUUUGAAUGACACCGAUGAUGUUUUUGGGCUUCAAGGACAAGCUGAACACAAGUUGAAAUUCCUCCGAAAGUAUGUGCCAAAAGAUGUCAAGCUCGUACUUAUUGGACACUCAAUUGGCUCUUAUUUUGUUCUUGAAAUUAUGAAGCAUUCACCAGAACUGGAGAUUCUCCGCAGCAUCCUUCUCUUCCCUACAAUAGAACGCAUGGCAGAAUCCCCACAAGGCAGGCUCCUGACUCCCCUGCUCUGCCAGCUCCGUUAUAUUCUGUACAUUCCUAUAUAUUUGGCCACCCUUUUACCAGAAAGAGUCAAAAGCUUCUUGGUCCGCUUUGCACUGAAUCAGCAGAAAUGGAACGAUCAAACUUUGGUAACAACAAUAACGAACCUGCUUAACAUGGAUUGUAUUGCAAACAUCAUGUACCUGGCAAGCCAAGAAAUGAGAAGUGUUAAAGAGCGAGACAAUUCUACAAUAAAGCAGCAUUUAAAUAAGCUGAUUUUUUACUAUGGAACAACUGACUCAUGGUGUCCUCUGCAGUACUACGAAGAGAUGAAGAUGGAGUUUCUGGACGGAGAUAUUCGAAUCUGUGAGAAAGGAAUCCGCCAUUCUUUUGUCUUGGAUUCCAGCAAAGAAAUGGCUGAAAUGAUAGUAGGCUGGAUACAGAACGAUCUUGCCAAGCUAUGAUGAAGCCAGAGUAGACAGCAGGAGGAAUUAGCUGUAUUGUGACCAUGUAAUCUUCCUUGAUAAUCUUCUGUCUGUGCAUUAUGGUUUGCUUUUUUCUGGAAGCUCUGGUGUUAACCCGAUAGCUCAUAUUACAUUCCUGUAGAUAGGUUUCUAAGAAAUACCCAAGGUAAGGUUGCAAACACACGGGGAUGACUGUAUAAUUCCAGAGCCCUGAAUUCCUUUAGGCUAGUGUCAGCCUCCCUCUACAAACAGUGACUAUCUGUUCGGGUAACUCACAGGAUUGUUGUAACAAAAAGAGAGACAGAGAGAUCCCCUGACCUCCGUGUGCCAUCUUGAUUUUCCAAAUUUAUGAAUUAAUGAGCCAUUAAUUUUGUGUCUAGCUAGCACAUUGUCUCUUACAGGAUUGUAUGAAUUAUUGCAUCGGGUGUUUAGAUCUUUUGACAUAUAACCCCCCGUCUGUUCAUCAACACCAUUCAUUCUGUCAUAACAUUGUAAUAGUAUUGCACCCAUAAUUGUCUCCCAUACUGUUGUUGAGGUGGUAUGGGUUAGAAUUGACUGUCACUCACCAUUGGGGGAAAAUACCAUAUAAAUUAGGGUGAUGAUAUUAGAAUACAAAUCACUAAAAAAAAAUUGUUAUUGCUUAAAGUAAUUUCAACUUCCAUUGUGACAGAAGACAUAUAUUUGGUGUGCAGAAAGAAGAACUAUGUUGCUUACAAGCAGAACCAACAAUGAUGUUUAGUAAGAUAUAGUACUUCUUACCUUGAUCUAUGACCACAAUUGAGACCGGAUAUUUCAUUCGCUAAGCAGAGUGGUUGUUAUGCAAGUCAUCACAUGAUUUUAUGACCAGGUUUACCACAGUUGUUAAGCAAUUUCAGGCGCUUGCAACAUGGCCACUUAACAUGGUUGACCACAAAUCGGGAUCAUAUCGAUCAGCGGACCCUGCACCAGUAGUAAACAUGAGACAGUUGCCAAGUUCCCAAAUUGCAAUCAUGUGAUAUAGAGGCAGUAUUAUGGUUUUGUGAGGACAGGUCAUAAAUCACGUUUUCCAUGGCUAUCAUAACUUUCAGCUACUGUUAAAUGAGAGGUUGUUAGGUCAAGAACUAUCUUGACUUAACCACUAUCUGUAUUGAGAAAGAUCUAAGUGCACUGGUUAGAGCUUUGCAAAUAUUAAAACUGGAGUUGCAUUUUGUCUACUCCACUUCAUUCAGGGCCCUUAACACCUCAAUACCCAGCCUGUGGAAUUGUGUUUUCUAUAUGAACAACCUUCUGCCUCAGACAGUGGGAAUAAUUGUUGAGUUACAGGUAAUCCUUGAUUUACAAAUGAUUGCUUAGUGCUUAUCUAUGAUUCAAAAUUACGAUCUACCUGAAAACAUGGAGUUAUAACCUAUUUCUGUGGCUCCAAUAGUUGCUCCUCUUGUGAUCACGUGACUGCACCUCAGGGGCUUGCAGCACACUCACAUGUCAUGUGACCAUGUUUUAUGACUGUUUUGCCAAAAACUGGAAGUUACGGAAGUCUCUGUUCUCCAUUAUAGAAAACAAUGAGUUUGCUUAACAGUCACCGCAUUUACUUAGCCAACUACCGUAUUUGAUUAACAACUGCCACAAAAAAGGCCAUUAAAAAGUGUUGGGCAGGCCUGGUCAUAUGUCAAAGAUUGCCUAUAUAUGUUAUUUUAGAACUGCUUUUAGAACACACAGAACUUGUACGACAUACUCCUUUUAUUAGCUUUUUUCUCAAGAAGUCACUGCUGGGUAUGAAAUAAUUCCUUUCCCAUUUCCUUUUUUCCAGUCUUUGUGAUUUUUGACAAAUCACAAAAACAAGAAACAAGUAUAUUCAUGCUUGUACUUUGGGAAUUUGGGAGGAAAAGAAGCUUGGGAUUACCUGUCCACUGUAAUCUGAUCCCAAAGCAGUCUUCUUCUUGUCUGCCCCAUUAUUUAGUGCAGCAUCCUGUGUUAAAGGCCAUGUUUUAUGCUUGUCAUUGUCUCCCUAACCUUGAACACUAUUUAAGCUAGGGUAGCCCUGUGAUUCUGAGGGGAGACUAAUGGAAAAUUGUGCACAUAGACAUCGGAUUUCUUUUUUUUUUUUUUUUACAUCUGGCCCACCCUGAAAAAAAGCCCAGGGCACAACAACUGGAGUCCUAUUUCCAACAGGACCGCUAUCUCCUGCUGGCCAAGAAAAGAAAGAAAAAGGAAGCUGUUUGUCACUUGGGUCACAUUUUUGCAAACUUAGGAGUAGUGUUUGGAUGCUUGGGUUGGCUGGUUCUGUGCUAUGCGAUUCCCCCACCCCACCCUCAGGAAAACUCCGAGCUGAUAGCAGACAAC